CGGCAGAGCUUUAUCUUUGCGUUAGAGAGUGGCAACAGCACACAGUGAGUGCAUCGAAGCUGCGACUGUCUGGAGAGUGCUGCUUAGGCAAUGCGCUUUGGACUGCCUGCUACAGAAGGAUUGCAGGCUGGUGGACCUCUGAGGGCAUUCUUUGUGAUUGCGUUGCUUAGUGUGUUGAUGCUCACGCUGCUGAGGACUGUGGGAUUGAGAGCGUUCUCCAUGGCGUCCGAGACCUACAUGUCGGGCACACACUCCGCUGCCUUUGUCACCUGCCCCAACGAACAGGUGGCCAAAGAUCUGGCCAGAGGCAUCGUUGAGAAGAAGCUGGCUGCUUGUGUCAACAUCGUCCCCAAAAUCACAUCUGUAUAUGAAUGGCAGGGGAAGAUCCAGGAGGAUAGUGAAGUUUUGCUGAUGAUAAAGACCAGAAGCUCUAAGGUUGCGUCUCUGGCAGAAUAUGUUAGGUCCAAUCACCCGUAUGAAGUAGCAGAGGUCAUCAGCCUACCCAUAGAGCAGGGCAACCCACCCUACCUCAAGUGGCUCGGUGACGUUGUACCAGAAUGAUG